AUGCAGAUCAAGAAGAUACUCAAUGUUGAGGCCAUUCGUGGCGGCGAGAUGCAAAAGGGCGAUAUGCAUUUGACAGAUCACCACAUUGUAAUGAUCAUUCCGCACGUAAUACCUGAAGGAGCUACACCGCCACCCACUCCCCCGAAACCACGAGAGCUUUACAUCGCAUAUCCCAUCAUCGCCAACUGCACCUUCCGACCCGAACCCCAGGCUUCCGGGCGCCCAUCUUCAAUACGGCUACGCUCUCGCGACUUCAUGCUCAUAAGUUUCCACUUUAGCGAUGAUACCUCGGCUCGAGAGGCUUUCGAAUAUAUGCGCAAUCGGACUUGCCGGCUGGGCAGCAUCGAGAAGCUCUACGCCUUCAGCUACCAGCCAGUCAAGCAGGAGAAAGUCUUAAAUGGAUGGGAGCUGUACGACCCGAGGGUAGAAUUCCGCCGCCAAGGCAUCAGUACCAAGAGUGUCGAAAGAGGAUGGAGAAUUUCCCAAAUCAACAAAGAAUACACAUUUUCCCCGACAUAUCCGGGACUGCUUGUAGUGCCUUCCAAGAUUUCCGAUAGCACUCUCAGACACGCUGGGUCUUUUCGGUCGCGACAGCGAAUACCUGUCUUAACCUACCUCCACUCUUUGAACAACUGCUCCAUUACCCGCAGUUCGCAGCCAUGUGUGGGUUUAAGAGGAAAUCGCAGCGUGCAAGACGAAAAAAUCGUCAGUGCAAGCUUCUCUGCCUCAGCGACUGUUGAGUUUAACGGACUUGAUGUUCCCUCUACAGAAACUACCGUACCAAGCCCUGCUUCUAGCCAAGCAGAUCUGCGAGCAGAGAACCACGUGGAAGCUGACACUGUGGAAGUCUCGGAUCUAGAAGAGGAGAUUAGUUCCACUACCGAUGACGCAGCAUACGACCCAAAGACCGGCAAGCGACUUAUAUACGGCGCGCAACAAAGCAACCUUAUCGUGGAUGCCCGGCCAAAUAUCAACGCAAUUGCCAUGCAGGCAGUAGGCAAGGGAUCGGAGAACAUGGAAUAUUACCCAUUUGCGAAAAAGGCUUAUCUCAACAUCGCAAACAUUCAUGUGAUGCGUGAUUCACUCAAUAGAGUCAUUGAGGCCAUCAAAGACGGUGACAUCGGCCGUCUUCCCCUAAACCGCGACUUACUUGUCAAGAGUGGCUGGAUCGAGCACAUUGCUGGCGUACUGGAAGGGUCAAUGAUAAUCGCACAGCAAGUGGGCAUAAGGCACUCGCACGUACUUAUACAUUGCUCUGACGGAUGGGACCGUACAUCUCAGCUAAGUGCGCUCUCGCAGCUCAUGCUAGAUCCUUUCUACCGCACCAUUGAGGGCUUCAUUGUACUCGUUGAAAAAGAUUGGCUUUCAUUUGGUCACAUGUUUCAGCAACGAUCUGGUCCGCUAAACCAUGAGAAAUGGUUUGUCACUGAACGUGAUACCAUGGCAGGCACGACCAUGCAACCGGGCGAGUCAGAAGGUCGCGCUGGCGAUGCACUCGAGAACGCAUUCGCAAGUGCUAAGCGCUUCUUUAAUAAGAACCGCUCCCCAGACAUUCCCAAUACCGAUGUAGAUGACAUUUCCUUGCCAUCUGAUGAUCCCUCUCAGAUGAAGAGACCCAGCGUGCCAGAGGCAAGCGUGGCUACCAAGCCGAAUGAGAUAUCGCCGAUAUUCCAUCAAUUUCUGGAUGCAACAUACCAGUUGCUUCGUCAACAUCCCACCCGUUUUGAGUUUAACGAACGUUUCCUGCGGCGACUGCUGUACCACCUAUACUCGGCACAGUACGGCACCUUCCUCUGGAAUUCGGAAAAACAACGCCGCGAUGCGCAUGCCUACGAACGUACGAGAAGUGUAUGGGACUAUUUCCUGAGCCGCAAGCACGAGUUUAUGAAUCCUCAGUACGAUGCAACCGUCGACGACCGUCAAAGUGGGCGAGAAAGACUUAUUCUCCCACGACCCCGUGAGGUGCGCUGGUGGGCAACCUGCUUUGGACGUAGCGAAAAUGAGAUGAACGAAUACCUGGAACGUGAGGCUGCCAGGGGAGAAAAGGCCGUCACUUAUCCAGACAGCGCUGUGACGAGCCCUGGGCCUGGGAGUAGGACUCGCAGCCCGGUGCCGUCUAAAGAACAGCCACCAGGCAUGCCUAACAGCAAAAGUGUGUUGACAGGUGUGGAAACGGCGCACGCAAUAUUGACAGCGGACCAGGGUGCUCGUCACCAGGCUAAUCUUAAGCAAAGCUCGAGCGCGGAUACGCCCGGCGCAUUUGCGAGCAACCUUGCGAAACUGAGGGAGGGCGUUGGUAGCUUAGAUCUUGCGCGGGGAUUGUUCGCUGGUGGCAGCAGUGUUGGUACCGGUGCCGUUGCUGGUGAUGGCGCUGACGCCGGACUAGGCAAUAAAACGAAGAGUAAUGGCGACCAAGGCGUAGCAAGUGGGAAAGACGAACAAGAGAUGAGGGAGAUGCCAGCCACGGCCGUCGGGGGUGAGAAGGGGCUGGAGAUGAGCUAG